UUGUAUUCAGAUCAUGGAGCUGAAAUGGCUGCUGUGUGUGACACUGCUAGCUCUUGGAAUGCUGGCUGUCCAGGCACAUGACAUGGAAGAUGACAAUGAUAUUGAUGAUGUGGUUGAUAUUGAGGAUGACUUGGAUGAUGCCAUUGAGGAGAUAGAAGAGUCAAAGUCUGAAAGCAGUGCUCCACCACCACCUCCAAAGGUUACCUACAAGGUCCCUGUCCCAACGGGCGAAGUUUAUUUUGCAGAAACCUUUGAUAAAGGAACUCUGGAUGGGUGGAUCCUUUCCAAAGCAAAGAAAGAUGAUACAGAUGAUGAGAUUGCCAAAUAUGAUGGUAAAUGGGAAGUUCAAGAUAUGAAGGACACGAGGCUUCCUGGAGACAAGGGGCUUGUACUGGUAACCCGAGCCAAACAUCAUGCGAUUUCAUCCAAACUUUCAAAGCCCUUUGUAUUUGAUACCAAACCCCUUAUUAUACAGUAUGAAGUAAACUUCCAAAAUGGAAUCGAGUGUGGUGGGGCCUAUGUGAAAUUGCUUUCAAAAACUCCUGAGUUGAACCUGGAUCAAUUCCAUGACAAAACUCCAUACACAAUCAUGUUUGGACCUGAUAAAUGUGGAGAGGACUACAAAUUGCAUUUCAUCUUUCGGCACAAGAACCCAAAGACUGGUAAAUAUGAGGAGAAGCAUGCAAAGCGUCCUGAUGCAGACCUGAAGAACUACUUUACUGAUAAGAAGACCCACCUUUACACACUGGUCUUGAAUCCUGAUAAUAGUUUUGAAAUACUGGUCGAUCAAGCGGUUGUCAAUAGUGGGAAUUUAUUAAAUGAUAUGACCCCUCCUGUGAAUCCACCACGGGAAAUUGAAGACCCAAAUGACCAGAAGCCUGAGGACUGGGAUGAGAGACCAAAAAUUCCAGACCCAGAUGCUGUUAAACCAGAUGAUUGGGAUGAAGAUGCUCCUGCAAAGAUUCCUGAUGAAAAUGCUGUGAAACCAGAGGGUUGGCUGGAUGAUGAGCCAGAAUAUGUAGCAGAUCCUGAUGCCGAGAAACCAGAGGACUGGGAUGAGGAUAUGGAUGGUGAAUGGGAGGCACCUCAGAUUGCAAAUCCCAAAUGUGAGUCAGCCCCUGGCUGUGGUACCUGGCAGCGACCUAUGAUGGACAAUCCAAACUACAAAGGCAAAUGGAAGCCUCCUAUGAUUGAUAAUGUGAACUAUCAGGGAAUAUGGAAACCCAGGAAGAUCCCAAAUCCAGAUUUCUUUGAAGAUUUGGAGCCUUUCAAGAUGACUCCCUUUAGUGCUGUGGGACUUGAGCUGUGGUCGAUGACUUCUGACAUCUUUUUUGACAAUUUUAUUAUCUGUACUGAGAGAGCUGUGGCUGAUGAAUGGGCCAAUGAUGGAUGGGGACUGAAAAAGGCAGCUGAUGGUGCUGCAGAGCCUGGAGUUGUGGGCCAGAUGAUGGCAGCUGCUGAAGAACGUCCCUGGCUUUGGGUAGUCUACAUCCUCACUGUGGCUUUGCCAGUGUUCCUUGUUGUGCUUUUCUGCUGCUCUGGGAAGAAACAGACAAGUGCUGCAGAAUACAAAAAGACAGAUGCUCCUCAACCUGAUGUGAUGAAUGAAGAAAAAGAGGAAGAAAAAGACAAAGGGGACAAAGAGGAGGAGGAAGAGGAAGAAACAAAUGAUGAAAAGCUAGAAGAGAAGCAGAAAAGUGAUGCUGAUAUAGGAAGUGCUAGUCAAGAGGAGGAGGAGGAAGAAGAGGAGGAGGAGGAAGACAGGAAACAUGCAUCAGAGGAGGAGGAGACUGUGAAUAGAUCACCCAGAAACAGAAAGCCAAGAAGAGAUUGAA